UUUAGAUAUCCCCUGGAAGGUGCCGCCUUACCCUAUUUCACCGAUUGGGUUUUAAGUACGUUCAACAUCACCGUUUAUGAUAAUAUACCCAAACCUAUGCUACCCCAAGAAUAUCCGAGACCCACCGUUAAUACAGAUUUUCUUCGAGAAUUACAUGAAACCGACAUCUCCUAUAGUCAGGAGGGUAUAGAUCGUUUUGUUAGAUGUCAUGGUCAGACGUUGCACGAUAUUUACUAUUUAAGUCAUAAUAAAUUUCAAAGAAUACCCGAUGUAGUGACAUGGCCCAGUAAUCACGCGGAAGUAGAAAAACUAGUUGCCCUGGCCCAUAAGCACAAUGUGGUGGUGUUACCCUAUGGUGGCGGUACCUCGGUAUCGGGAGCCACUACUUGUCCUCAACAGGAGCAGCGUAUGAUUUGUAUAUUGGAUACCUCGCAAAUGAAUCGUAUGUUGUGGUUGAAUAGGAAAAAUCUAACAGUAUGUUUUGAGGCUGGUAUAGCCGGUCAGGAUUUGGAAAAUAUAUUGCGCAAAGAAGGUCUCACAGUGGGUCAUGAGCCGGACAGUUAUGAAUUCUCGACUUUGGGUGGUUGGGUGGCUACUCGAGCUUCGGGCAUGAAGAAAAAUGUUUAUGGCAAUAUAGAAGAUCUAGUGGUAAGAAUGAAAUUGGUGACACCUUCUGGAGUAUUGGAUCGAGAAUGUACGGCUCCUCGUAUUUCCUGUGGUCCAGAUUUUAAUCAUGUCAUUAUGGGUUCCGAGGGUACGUUAGGUGUUAUUACCGAGGUUGUUUUAAAAGUAAGACCGUUACCGCCCAUUAAACGUUACAACUCCCUGGUAUUUCCCGAUUUUGAAAGUGGUGUUGGUUUUAUGCGUGAAGUGGCCGAGCGUCGCUGUCAACCCGCUUCGGUACGUUUAAUGGAUAACAAUCAAUUUAUUAUGGGUCAAAGUUUAAAACCUGUGAAAAGUUGGAGCGAAGAUUUAAAGGAUUCAUUUAAAAAGAAAUAUCUUACGAUGGUUAAAUGCUUGGAUUUGACCAAAAUUUGUGCCGCCACAUUACUGUUUGAGGGAGAAGCGGAAGAUGUAGAUAGACAAGAAUCCUUAAUUAUCAAUAUAGCGAAAAAGCAUAAAGGAUUUUCGGGUGGUGGUCAAAAUGGUGAAAGAGGUUAUAUAAUGACUUUUGUUAUUGCUUACAUGAGGGAUUUGGCUUUGCUGUAUGAUAUAGUGGCGGAAUCAUUUGAGACUUCAGUGCCAUGGGAUCGUUGCUAUAGUUUGUGUGAAAAUGUUAAAAAGCGCAUAGAAUUGGAAUGUCAUGCCAAAAGCAUUCACCAUUUCUCCAUCUCCUGUCGCGUGACGCAAACCUAUGAUGCCGGUGCUUGUGUUUAUUUCUAUUUUGCAUUUAACUACAAGGGUUUCUCCAAUCCCGUCGAACUAUUCGAACAUAUAGAAAAUGGUGCCAGAGAUGAGAUAUUGGCCUGUGGUGGUUCACUCUCCCAUCAUCAUGGUGUGGGUAAAAUACGUUCUCAAUGGUAUACGAAAACUAUAACACAAACGGGAGCAAAUCUAUAUAAAGCCACUAAAAAACAAUUGGAUCCUAAAAAUAUAUUUGCCACUGGGAAUCUGCUGCCCUUGGAAGAACAACUGCAAGGGGUAAAGAGCAAAGAUGAUAAUUUGGCGAAAACUAAUACAACUAUUAAGGCUAAACUUUAAAUUUUAGGGAAACUGAUAUUCCGAAAUAUUGAAACUAUUUAGAAGAAUGUGUUAUUAUUCAAUAUUUUUAAUUUAACAAUUUUAA